AUGCUGUUUCAGUUGAUUUUUCUUGUUUUAGCAACCACAAAUAUGGUGAAAGCUGAAGAGCAGAAAAUAAUUGUUGUUGGAGGUGGAUUGGCUGGAUUAUCAGCGAGUUUGGAAAUUAUAAAUGGCGGUGGAAGAGUUGUAUUGAUUGAAGGAGAAGCGAAUACUGGGGGAAAUUCGGCAAAGGUAAGAGGGGGAAGUAUAGUUUUUCGAUUUUCAAAUUUUAAAAAAUGACACAAAAAAUAGCGAUUUCCUUCAAAUUGAAAUUUCCUCGAAAUUACAAUUUCCGCGUAUUUUUUAGGCGUCAAGUGGAAUAAAUGGUGCUGGGACUGCUACUCAAUCAAAUCUUGGACUCACCGAUUCCCCCUCGAAUUUAGUUUCUGAUACCCUAUCCGCUGGAGAUAAUGAGAAUAACAAAAAUCUUGUUGAGAUUCUUGCCGCGAAUUCAGCAGAUGCCGUUGAGUUUCUGAGAAACGUGAGUGUCUUCUUCUCAUUCACAUACACAAUUUAUUUUCAUUUUUAUUUAGGUUGGUGUUGAUUUGACUGAUGUUAAUUUAUGCGGAGGUCAUUCGGUUGCAAGAACACAUUGGAUUCCAUCGCCAAAAGAAGGUCGACCAAUUCCAGCUGGUUUUGAGAUUAUGAAACGGUUGAGAACGAAAUUGGAUAAAAUCAAAGCGGAAGAUGCUGAACUUUUUGAACUUUUGACUUCUACAAAAAUGACGAAAAUUAUCAAAGAAGAUGGAAAAGUGAUUGGAAUUGAAGUAGAAAAUAAUGAAGGAAGACAAAUUAUCCAUGGAAAUGUGGUUUUAGCAACUGGCGGAUUCUCAUCGGAUAGAUCGAAAGAUGGAUUGCUCAUUGAAUUUGGUGGAGAAAAAUUAGAAUUUCCAUCAACAAAUGGACAAUUUGCAAGAGGAGAUGGGGUUAAAUUAGCCAGAUCUAUUGGAGCGAAAUUAAUUGGGAUGAAUCGAAUUCAAAUCCAUCCAACAGCAUUCGUUGAUCCAAAAGAUCCAAAAGCAUCGACGAAAUUCUUGGCAGCUGAAGCAUUGCGUGGAAAAGGUGCUCUAUUGAUAAAUGGAAAUGGUGAAAGAUUUGGAAACGAAUUGGGAAGAAGAGAUUAUUUGACGGGAAAAAUAUUGGAAGAAUCACAAGAAAUUGGAGAACACUUUCAAAAUGGAAGCGGAGGUCAAAAAUCGGCAAUUAUGUUGAUGAAUGAGAAAAAUGUUGAGGCGUUUGGAAGACCUGCAUUCAAUUUUUAUGCUAUUGUCAAGAAAUUCUUUGGUGGGUUAGAUUUUUGAGGGAAUUUUCAAAAGAAAAAUUGGGCUUGUAGAAAAUGAGCACAAUUAUUUCGAAAAAUAAAUAAACACAGACGUUUCACGUUAUUUUUUCAAAAUUUAAAAUUAGAACACGUGUUUUUCAGCACAUUAUUUUGAUUCAUUUCGAAAAAAUGUAAAUUUAGAUAGGUCUGACUCCAAAAUCGCAAAAAUCAAGAUUUUCCAGUGAAAUACGAGAAUUCUGAUGAACUUGCCGAUGCAUUGAAAGUCGAUAGAAAAACCGUCAAAGAAACCCUCGAAAACUACGUGCAAAUCUUCAAUGGCAAAAAAGAAGAUCCAUUUGGCAAACGAGUCUUCCCAGUCGCUUCAAUUCUUCCAAACGAACCAAUCUAUGCUGCAAUUGUCACGCCUGCAAUUCAUUAUACAAUGGGAGGUUUGGAAAUUGAUGGAAAUGCUCAAGUGAUUUCGGCACAAAAUGAGAAACCGAUUGAGGGAUUGUAUGCGGCUGGAGAAGUUAGUGGAGGAGUUCACGGAUCGAAUCGAUUGGCUGGAAAUUCAUUGUUAGAAUGUGUGGUUUUUGGAAGAAUUGCUGGACAAAAUGCAUUGAAAUAUAAUCAGAAAAGUGUCAGAGAAGAAUUGUGA